AUGCCUCCCUUAACCAAUGGAGAUGAUGAAAAUGGGAGCUCUUUCCCUAGGACGCCCUCUUCAAGCUCCCUUGUGAAUUUGACAUCAUAUUUCAACAAGGCAUUCGACAAGGACACCGAUGAUUGGCCAGGACUUACCCUGCUAGAUACAGUCGAAACCUUCUUUGACGCUCGAAUAGAUCUGUUUGAGAGGAAUCUGAAGAAGCAGAAGGAUCGUUUUCAGCUAAGAGCCAAAGCUUUAGCUAAGCAGAAGAUACGGCCAAAUACUGAGGAGUUGGAUAAGGAACUCCAAAAGUUUAAGACCAAAGUAUCGAAGCGGCUUGCGGAUUUGUCGGAAGCAUGGCACUCGACAAAAGUGGUCAGAACCAGAGACAAAUUGUCAUUUUUCUUCGGAGUGAUGAAUGUUAUGGGCACUUCCCUUCUCUUUGGUCUUGCACCAGAAUGGCUACACGUGGUGUACACUAUUCAAGCAGUAAUCUGUAUCCCAUUCAGAUUUUACCAGUACCGUAAAAAGGCAGGGCUGGGGAUACUUCUUGGCAGAUCUCUGCUACUUUGCGAAUCUUCUCUGCCUGCUGUACCUUUGGGUCUUUCCCAGCAGCGUGGAACUCUUCAUGGCCUCCUAUUGUCUCACCCAUGGUUGUUUUCGGACCUCCUCAGGUCUCACCACCAAAUCACUCACUUGCCCUUUUCAGGUUCACUGGCCACUGCCGUUAUAACAUGGCGUAAUUCUCUCGUGUUCCACGAUUACGAUAAGAUGGUGUCCAUGUUCAUCCAUAUCUACCCUCCUCUCGUGUUUUCCACCAUACGGCACUUCGAGCGUGGUCGGAUACCGGACUCGCGGUUUCCCGCAGUCCAUAAGCUGAAUCGCAUGCAGCCUGUGCGGGCUCUCGUUUUUAGUAGUGUAUUCUACAUACUUUGGCAAGGUCUUUACUGGAAGUUCCUACUGGUUGAUCGAAAGGAGAAGAUUGCAUCUGGACAACGAACUACCUCGUUGACUUGGCUGCUAAAUGACAAGCAUGGCCCAAUUGGUAGGAUGUUGCGUGGCGUUCGACCAGAGUUCCGGGAAGGAGCGCAAUUUGUCUACUCUAUCAUCACCGAAUUGCCAGCAAUCUUUAUUCUUUAUGACAGUGCCACUUGGAGCGGUGUUUUCCUCAUGUUCAUAUUCGCCGUGAGUGUGUGGAAUGGCGGGGGUUUCUAUAUCGAGGUUUUUGGCCGCAAGUUCGAACGCGAGUUGGAAGCACUCCGCAAGGAGAUUGCCCAAAGCUCUCAGAUACAACCAAAUCUCUCUAUGCCGUCGCCUUCUACCCCCGCGUCUUCGCUGCCAGGUUCGCCCCAAGUGGUAGUUUCUGAAAACCAUGAAGACUUCCGCGACGAAGAGGAUGGUUCGUUGGACUUUGUUCAAGCAAACGUUCACACAGUCAUCACCAAUAAUGUCAACACCUCUCUGGUGAAGCCACGGGUUUUUGUUGUUGCGAGUGAUUCCACAGCCCCGGCCCUUCGUGACUUGAAUUUACAGGACUCUUCGAUGAAUGAAGAAAGCAGAAAGGACAAGUAG